CUCCUGAUCUGCUGUGUUUCUGUAUCUUGUGUGUGUCGUAGUGUGUGUGUGAGAGAGAGAGAUGGUGAUGGAGAAGCCGAGUCCCCUGCUCGUAGGACGGGAGUUUGUGCGUCAGUACUACACGCUCCUGAAUAAAGCUCCAGAUUACCUGCACAGGUUUUACGGCAGGAACUCCUCGUAUGUUCACGGAGGUGUGGACGGCAGCGGGAAGCCGGAGGAGGCCGUCUACGGUCAGGCGGAGAUCCAUAAGAAGGUGAUGUCGCUGCAGUUCAGUGAGUGUCACACUAAGAUCCGGCAGGUGGACGCUCAUGCGACGCUGGGGGACGGUGUGGUGGUGCAGGUGAUGGGAGAACUGUCCAACAGCGGACGCCCCAUGAGGAGGUUCAUGCAGACCUUCGUCCUCGCUCCGGAGGGUUCUGCGGUCAAUAAGUUCUAUGUGCACAAUGACAUCUUCCGCUAUGAAGAGGAGGUGUUCGGAGACUCUGAGGCUGAGCUGGGAGAGUCUGAGGAAGAGGAGGUUGAGGAGGAGCAGGUGGAGACUCGGGCUUCCCCUGAACUGGCCCCAGAGCGUCCCAGCAGCAGCUCCUUCUACGAGCCUCCAGCACCCGUCAGUAACGGAGUCGAGGAGCAGCAGGAGGAGGCGGUGCCUGAGGCGGAGCCAGAGCCCCAGCCUGAGGCCAAUCAGGAGACGGAGGCGGAGCUUAACCCAGAAGCAGAGCUCCAGGGGGCUGAGGCGGAGCCAGAGGAGGAGGAGAAACUGGUGGAGGAGGAGAGAGGCUCCACCCCUGGCCUUGCUCUGACUCCGCCCCCUCAGACCCCAGAGCCACCGAAGGCCUUCUCCUGGGCUCUGGUGACCAGUAAGAAUCUUCCUCCGGCCGGCGCUCUUCCCGUCUCUGGGAUCUCUCCUCACGUGGUGAGAGCAGCUGGACAGCCGCGAGUGGAUCUCAAACAGGACGCUCAGACCUUACCCAGAGAUCAGCGGCGCGAGAGACCAGGCUUCACUCCACGAGGCCCACGAGCAGAGGGCAGCAGCUCCGAGGCUCCUGGAGGGAAGCAGUAUGUCAGUUUUAAAGGCCGCGGUGACGGAGAUGCCGGAGACACAGAGGGCCGUCGGUCCGUUCGUUAUCCAGACAGUCAUCAGCUCUUCGUUGGAAAUCUUCCUCAUGACAUUGAUGAGGGAGAGCUGAAAGACUUCUUCAUGACGUUCGGGACCGUGGUGGAGAUGAGGAUCAACACCAAAGGCGUCGGAGGGAAGCUGCCAAACUUUGGCUUCGUGGUGUUCGAUGACUCUGAGCCGGUGCAGAGGAUUCUGGGAAACAAGCCCAUCAUGUUCCGUGGGGAAGUGCGGCUGAACGUGGAGGAGAAGAAGACCCGAGCAGCCCGCGAGCGAGAGACCAGAGGAGCGUCAGACGGCCGGCGUGGGCCCCGGGGCACUCUGGGUAAUGGGAUGGGGCGUGAGAGAGACCCGCGGGGGCCGGUGUCCUCCAGGGGCCGAGGAGGAGAGAGCCGCUUCACAGGACCCCGCCGCUGAACACUGAUGAAUCCUCCUCUCCUCUGAUUGUUUAUGUUUCUCUCGUCUCUCUCUGGCUUUCGGACUGUGACCGGCCUCAAAGACUUUCAGACUCCGCCGCGCUUUCUUUCUAUUUCUCUCCUCAUGAUUUUGCGAAGAAGAACAGGGACAGUGUGAAAUUUUUUUUUCUCUAGAACAGAAGCUGGAUGUCACGAACGGAUUUGUCACGGUGUGUAACAGAUGAACGUCAGCGCUCAGUGUACACUUAUUUAUUUUCCAAGUAAAUAAACCAGUGGUGGUGCCUUA